GCAACACAUAGGAGUAGUGGGCGGCUCGCCUUCUCCCGUGGCGGUCCUCCUCCUCGCCUCCGGCCGAAAAAGAUAAAAAAGGAGACAUCUUUGUAGGAGUCGCCGGUCUCGCCGCCUUUCUCAGACCCCGCCCGCCCGCCGGGCGACAUUGCCCCCCUCUUCCCGUUGCUAUAAGUACUUUCGCCGGAGAGGCGGCCUGCAGCAUAACCACUCGCUUUGGAGAGCAGGAAGCAGCAGCAUAUCUUUGCUUCGUCUUCCCUGUCCAGCUGCCGGAAGUUGCAGAGGUGAGAGAGGAAGUUUCAGAGUGCUCUGCGCGUGGCGCCGAAGAUGGCAUUCGCGGUCUCCGACGAGCUGCUGGGCACCUUCGUGCCGAUUGCGGUGUACUGGCUCUACUCCGGGCUGUACAUCGUGCUGGAUGCGAUGGGGAUGGACGACUACCGGCUCCACCCCAAGGGGGAGGAGGCCACCAAGAACGUCGUCUCCAAGUGGACCGUCGUCAAGGGCGUCCUCGUCCAGCAGGCCUUCCAGAUUGCCGUCUCGCUCCUCCUCUUCACGGUCAUUGGUGAUGAAAGUGGUACUGUGAGGAAGCAGCCUCCUGCUCUGGUGAUAGCAUUGCAAUUCAUCAUCGCGAUGUUUGUUAUGGACACAUGGCAGUACUUCAUGCACAGAUAUAUGCACGUCAACAAGUUCUUGUACAAGCAUGUCCACUCCAAGCACCACAUUCUUGUAGUCCCAUAUGCUUUCGGAGCUCUCUACAACCAUCCACUUGAGGGCCUUAUCCUGGACACCAUCGGUGGCGCCCUCUCCUUCCUCAUCGCCGGCAUGACUCCUAGGACGGCCAUAUUCUUCUUCUCGUUCGCGACCAUCAAGACCGUCGACGAUCACUGCGGCCUGUGGCUCCCAGGUAACAUCCUCCAUGUUUUCUUCAGCAACAACAGCGCCUACCAUGACAUUCACCACCAGCUCUACGGAAACAAGUACAACUUCUCGCAGCCCUUCUUUGUCAUGUGGGACAAGAUCCUCGGAACAUACAUGCCAUACACUCUUGAGAACCGCAAGGGAGGUGGAUUUGAGGCACGCCCGAUUAAGCUCAAUCUGGCAGAACAGAGCAAGACCGAUUAAGCUCUCAAUCUAGCAGCGCAGAGCAAGACCAAUUAAUCAAUGUGCCUUUUCUGCUGCCGUCUUCCUGCCAGUGCACAAAGAUCUUGCUGUAGUAUUAUUGCCUGAUUUUUCUAACUACAUUUCUGUUGUAGUUUGUAGAAGUCUUUUCAUGUCUAUAUACACAAAGCCUUUUGUGGCGAUGCCAUCUUGUACCAAGGUAUAGCAAAUAAAGCACUGUGUUCAAAGAA